GUUGAGCUCGGGAUAGUAAAACAACCUUCGGCAGGGAACGAUGGCCAGCGGUUCGGAUGGUGGAACGCCGUACCGGUCGGAGAUGAAGUUUCUCGACCUUCCCGACUGCAUGAUCGAACAAGUGCUGGAGUUUCUGCCGUACGACGAAAUCGCCAAGAAGCGCAGCGUUUGCCGUACGCUCGAUCGUAUCUGCCAGUCACUGUUGAAUCGUGGCUUCAACAAGAUGGUCCGCCGGCACAAUAUGCACCUGAAGACGAUCAAAUCGCAGCUUCCGAGGCGCGAAUCGGAACGCCGGAACCAUCCGCUGGCCAAACACUCGGAUAUACUCACCUGCAUAGAGACGCGGAUUUCCAUGCUCUCAAUGACGUAUUCAAAGUACAUUGAUAAGGAGCUGUGCUGUUUCAUCCCGGGCAAGGUGAUUGACGAAGUUCUCACGAUUUUGCGGCUGAUCGAGAACACCACGCGCCCCUUGCGGGCCCACGAGAUCCUGCAGGAACUGCGCGACAUAUCGUCGAUGGCGAUAGAACACUUCGAUGAAAACAUUGCGCAUCGGUUGAAGAAGUACGUGGAGGUACCAUUCCCGCACCAUCACCAGGUGGCCACCAUACAGGGCACGAACGCCCCGUUCCCUUCGGCCGUGUUGCUGCACAACGAUGUUUUCAUUCCGUGCGAAAUCAUACCGACGCUCGCGCAGAGCUCCACAUCGACGGUCGCACGGUCUACGACUCCUUCGAGCGCCACGGUGGCUUCGGCCGCCACCUCCGGGUACUACCGGAGUGGGUGUGAUGUUGGCAGCCUCAAUCAGGCGGCGAUGUCUAUUGAUAAGAAGGCUCGCAAAAUGCGCAACGACAUCACGCAGAUGCAGCGCACGAUGGGCAGCUACAAAGCGGAGGCACGCAGCAUGCGCCACAUGCUGAAGCGGCUGCACACGGAGAUGAAGGAGUUGCGCCGGAGGUUGGAAGAGUCGGAGACGAAAAACCGCGAACUGUUGGCCAACAUCAAUCAGCUCAGCUUCGGCGCUCCGUCCGCUGCCAACGCGGCCACCGCUAGCACGACCGCCAUUAAACAGUGCAACAUAAAACCUCGCACGGCCAUCCUGAAGCGCGGGCUACCGCUCACGGAAGGGGAACCGCUCGCAACGGUGGCGCCAAGUUCCGCUGUGCCAUUGUCGCUCGGAUCCGUUGAAGAUUCGCCGCCAGCGGAGCCACCGGGCGGCAGCACGGCAAAAAAGUCCAAACUUAGCGAUUAGAACCAUGCCCGUCAGUCAGCUAGCGGGCUUAAGUGGGCUUCUGCUACAGCUCAUCAAUAAUCUCUCUAGCAGUUCGCGUGAUUCCACGACUCCGUGGCAGGCACUAUACAAGUAGUGCACACGUGCAGUAGCUACGCGCGGCAAAUGUAUACUAACAGUAGUGUUUAGAGCAAAACGAAUGGCAAGCGGCCGAAGCUGGUUCGCCGCGUGUAAAUCGGUUCCCGGAUUACGGUCUUCUAGGUGCCUGGUGCAGCGGAACCGCAAACAGACAUACCUCGGGACGGGGCACCACCUAAGGUGCCCUUGCCGUUCAAUACGUUACUUUGUAGAGCUAGUACCCCUUCAUCGGUUGGAUACGAACCUUUUCUUCGAGAAGUUAUACGCACAAGUACACGAAUCUGGAGCUGAUUGACUGCUUACCGUGUCCGUGGUACCCCGUUCGAUGUAAGUGAUGCUUGCAAAAUAUUUUGUUUAGAUG